AUGGCGAAAGCAACGGCAGCCAAGACGAAGCCGGCAGCCAAGAAGCCAGUCAAGCAGCAGCUGAAGAGCCCGAAAAAGGCAAGGAACACUUCGGCAUCAGUGAACAAGGGCCAGAUCAGUGGUUUCCUGACUGGCAUCAAGUACAAGGCCAACAACCCCAAGGAUCCCCAGACCAGCAGUGCCCAGCAGCUCUUGGAGGCCUAUCACAGCCAGGAUUCUGACGGCAAGCACAAGCUCAUUGCGCGCUACAUGGACGAAGGUGGCAUCAAGAACCUCGCCUGGGUCGCCUCGUACCUCGAGAGCAGCGAGCAGCAGGAGCAGGAGCUCUGCGAAAACAAGAAAGGUUUCAUGACCAGAGAUGAGAUCCUCGGGCUCAAUGGCUUCGUGGUGAAUGGAAAUCUACCAGAAAAGCGAGCAGAGCCCGUGCUGCAGGCCCUUCUCAAGAAGUGCUGGGAAGCCAACGGCUUGGCUGAUGCUGCAGCGAAGGAUCCUUGUGAAUUGAUCCAGAAAGAUGCUGAUGUCCCUGAGCUUACAAUGUACUACUAUGUGAAGACACAGCAACGGGACACAAAUGCCACAGUGAAAAGCAGCAAGCUUGAACAGCAUGCUUCCCUGAAGCAGUCUGGCCUUAAGGCAGUGCUGGACAAGGCCACGGGAUCCUGCGAUGUGAAGAUCGAAUUCCCCGAGAGGAUUGAUGGCAAGAACCAGGGCAGGGUCCUGAAGUCGGGCAAGGAGAAGAUGGAAAAGGAAAUUGGCCAGCUGAAGGAUGCACUGUGCCUGGGCAAGACCCUCAACAAGCCCGAGAUGGAGGGCCUCUUGAAGGAGGGGGAGAAGCAUCAGAUGCAGGCUCAGGAGUUCGUGGAGCAGAAGGCCCGGAAGCAGCUGUCUGUGCUGGCCAGCCUGGAGAAGAACCCCGAUGCCACCGCUGAGCAGUGGCUAGAGCACACGGAGGAUAUGAAGGCCACCUGUGCCAAGGCUCAGGUUCACUGCGAUGGGCUGAAGGAUGCUGCAGAUGCCCAGGCCAGGCAUGUUAACGACCUGGUUGUCUCGGAGGCCCGACAGCGAUUGCUGGAUUGGCAGAGUUUGAGGCGGGAUGUUCGUGAGAGGGUUGCCUCCUCAGUGGAGGCCUUAACUCUCGAUCCAGAGGCUUUGGUGGCCUGGGGGCUUUGGUGUGACGGUGUUCCUGUCAGAUAUGACCGGAGUGAGAGUUUGGAGUGCUUCAGCCUCAACCCUUUGAUCAACGAGACAUUUGUGCAAACCUUCAGACUGCCCCUGACAUGCAUCUACAAGAGUUUUUGCUGCAAGGAUGGCAGGACUGUGGACGAUUUGAUGGCUAUUUUUGCUCACAGUUUUCAUUGCAUGCGAGAAGGAAUCUUUCCAGAGGUGGAUUUCCAGGGGCAACCUUUUAAGUCAUCGUGGCGCCGGAAGAUGGCUGGGAGGCCUUUGCUGGCACAGGGGAUCCUUGCAGAGGUCCGUGGGGACUGGGCGAUGUACAAGCAGGUGUUUAAGCUCCCAAGCUGGAAUGCUGCAGGAAGAUGUUGUUUCAAAUGCAAAUGUUCGCUGCAGGAAAUCCGGUCAUGCUCGUCUUCAGCACCCUGGAGAGAUCACCCUUGGUCCUUUUUGGAACUCCAAGAGCACAUGCUGGACAAGUCUGGUGCAGUGAGUCCCAUCAUGGCUGCCCCAGGCAUAAGUUUGGCCACCUUCGAGGUGGACUGGCUCCACUCGUGCGACUUGGGGGUCGCAGCCGAUUUUCUGGGCAAUUGCUGUUUUCUCGUUUCGAAACACAUGCCAGGCUCCUCGGAGGAGCAGCGAGUGGCCAGCCUCUGGCGAGAUAUCAAGCAGUGGUACACCGAGAACCAGACGCCCAACCAGUUUAACACCAUAACCAAGCUCAUGAUCCGAAAGGAAGCCAGGAAGAGCCCCAAACUUAGAGGCAAAGCUGCCGAGAUCAGAUUCCUGAUUCCCUGGUCUGUGGACAUCACUGAGCGACUUUUUUCUGGUUAUCCACCCUCCUCGGAGGAGGGCACCUGCCGGCUAGCAGCCAAGCAGAUCCAGAUCUGCUACUCCCAGUUAUCGACCGAAAACUUCGACCCCAAGGUUUUGGCAGACAGACUGGGGCGGGAGCCUGGGGAGGAUGUCUGUGCGAAGAGGUGCCCAGCUAAGCCACUUUCGGUGGGCCUGGUGCUGGGUGAAUUCUCAUGGAACCUGGUGGUGGCAGUGGUUCAAAAGGAGGAGAUGGAAAAGUUGAUCUUGGAGCUCUCGAAGCUGUGGGGCGAAAGAUUCGAGGUUACACGUGCCCGAGUCGAGUUGCUCGAGGGAGGAAGCAUGUGCCUUCAUUGUGUUUGCUUCCACAUCAAGGGCUUUCUGAGCGAGAACGAUUUCAGAGCCUACGAUUUGGUUUGGCCAGAAAGGUCGGCGGACGCUGCGGCGGCCUCCGACGACAGACUGUCACUGGGCCUUCGAGCCGCGCUGAUGGCGCUCAGGGGCAUCCUCCGGCGAGUGCAGCCGAGGUUCGUCCCCUUCCAGCCGUCCACCUCCCGACGAGCCGUCCUCUACGCCGCGCGCCCGGCGGACCGGUGGACCAAUGGUUGGGGCUUCGUGCUGAUCAUCGACGACGACGUCUUCUACAGCAGGGGCGUCGUCCCGGCGUGGUUCCUCCGGCGCUUCGCGUCGAGGAAGGCGUUCAUAUACGUCCUGGAGAUCGUCGCCCAACUCCUGCCGCUGCUGGCGUUCGGCGACCGUCUUCCGAGCUUUUGGACGGCGUACAUAGAUAACGCCGCUGGACAGUGGGCGCUCCUCAAAGGGUAUGGAAAGGACGACGCCGUCAACGGCGUCCUCUCCGCCUUCUGGGCCUCUGCGGCGCGCCAUUGCUGGUUCCCCGAGUUCGUCCGCGUUCCGUCGAAGGCCAAUAUCUCCGACGCGGUGUCCAGAGACGAUCUCCGCCAGGCCACGGCGGAGGGCUGGUCCUGGCUGGACCUUCCCGUCGACGACAUCCUGAACAUUCUCCUGCGCGCCGCCGACGACCUCGAGUUCGCCACCGACGAAGCGGCCUCGGCGCUCGCAUCGUUGUCCUCUGAGUGGAGUUUCGGUGCCGGUGGCAUGCGGGAGAAUGCGGGAGAACCACAACUGUUUGUUGCGCCCUUCGCAGCUCUUGCGCUGCAAAUUCUACGACAAGCUGCCAUGCUGAUGGAGCGAGUGGCUUCUGGCAAGGGAACAUGGGCCUACUGGCUCGUUGAGAAGACAGGCAGCACCGUCAGCAGUCCAAGUUCCCCUUCGUCCAAGGAGCCUGCGGCAGUGGACUCGCAGUCCUUGCGGAUCGGGGACAUUGUGACUGUCAAGGCGUUGCACUCUCAACUGCUGCAGGUGGAUCCUACAUCGGGUGUCUGCCAUACGGGAGAUCCUUCGGCCGAAAUGAGCAGUGCGAUUCCAGAGGGCGGCGCUGCAAGCAGUGCAGCAGGCAGUGCAGAACCUGGCAUCCAAGAGUUUGUUGUGGAGCGCGUGGGAAUGGGCCUGGUACAUUUACACGACACUACCAUCCGCAGAGGAGCAAACAUCUGCUUCAAACCCUAUAGCAGGUCUGACAACGAGACCCACAAACAUAUGGGCUACUUGAAGGUGAAUGAUGACGGGUCGAUAACAGCAAACGGAAAGGCGACUCAGAGCGAGAUCGGAUUCGUCAUCGAGGCUGGCGCCGUGAACAACAUGCUGGCUCCUCUAGGAGCUGCGAUGUCACAGGGCGACGUCGACUUGUUGGUUGCCCCGCUGUGGAACAAGUCCGAUGUCAAGCACUAUGAUGCCUUGUCGUCAAGUUGGACGCAUGAUGAGGAGCUGUCCAAAUUCAAGGGGGCCGUCGUGGUGGCCUCUGCUCAAGGCACUUACACGGUGCCGAAGGCUGCUGGCGAAGGCAACCAAGAGUGGGUGGCAGUUGUCAAUGAAGGAGUAGACCUGCGCAAAGCCGCUGCCCAGGCCAAGAAGCAAGGUGCCACCGGCCUCAUCAUUCGCUGUGAGCAGGCGCUGUCACUGGAGAAGCUGGCCCACAGUGCUGAUGAUGAAGAGCCACCCGAGCUGCCCGCAGUCUUCGUCACGAAAAAAGUAGGAGAGGCGUUGAAUGAGCGGGGCAUCGUGCUCAAAGGAUGUGAGUUCAAAAAGAAGUACAUGACGGAGGUCAUGCGGAGUUUGGGACGUUUGGGCGGAGGCCUUCAGCAGACCGACAAAUACAAGAAUGCUUUCCAGGCUAUUGGCACCGCUAUUCUGGAGAAUGAGAAAGAAAAGGCGAAGGCCCCGAAGCCCGUCGCACAGAAAGUCGCCAUCAAGCAGGAUGUGUCACAGGGGAAAUUCAAGUGGAAAGUGAAUACCAACACGCAGUACAUCUGGUCGGGCUCUGGCGGAGGUGCCACCACAAUGCAGGUGAACUAUGGACUCAAGGCCCCACCCUCCGCGAUGAAGAAGAAGGUGGUGGAAGGGGACGAUGGAAAUGAGACUGCGCACGUUGAUGCUUCUGCAGACAUUGUGCCGGAGGCUGACAUCACUUAUCGCCGCUCCAUCGUUGGAAGCGCGAUGGUGCCGGCCGAGGACUUCAAGGCCCACACCUUGGCUCAGGAGCUAUCGGAGGUCCUCCUGGAAGAUGAGGGCAGUGCGCAAGCGCAGGCGCAAGAGCAGCUGUCGGACGAGAGUGACUUUAUGAUUGAGUAUAACUUUACCGAGGUUGAAGUUGCCGUCUCCAGGGACAAUGAACAGGACCUCGAUUCAGAUGAGGAAGUCAUGGACGAGGGCACUGUCGUCAGCAAAGUCGGUGUUCCCCGCCGAUAUUUCUGGAUCGUGGCCAUGUUCCUUCUGUUUACGACGACGGCCCUUGUCUGGCUCUUGCACUCGACUCUCAACUCGGAAAUCCAGCUUCCAGAGGAGUUCAGAAGACAUGCUGACAUGGAGGAGGACCAAGUGGUGCACAAGUUGGAGCAUAGUCCUUCAUGCUGA